AUGACCUUCGCGUUGGUGUUCACUGUAGCUACGGUGGCCGUUAUGGCCGAUUCGUCCCACGUCUCGCGUCGAUCCAGUGGUGGCACCCAAGAGCAAGAGAUUCUUAACGAACUGCUAUCCAAUUACGACAUGCGAGUUCGACCACCGCCCACCAACUACUCAGAUCCAACAGGUCCAGUGACAGUUCGGGUGAAUAUCAUGAUUAGAAUGUUGUCAAAAAUUGAUGUUGUCAACAUGGAAUACAGUAUGCAAUUAACAUUUCGCGAACAAUGGCUCGAUUCGCGUCUGGCAUAUGCUCACCUUGGCUACCAUAACCCUCCAAAGUUUCUCACUGUACCCCAUAUAAAAAGCAACCUAUGGAUCCCUGAUACCUUCUUUCCGACAGAGAAAGCUGCACAUCGGCAUCUCAUCGAUACGGACAACAUGUUCCUGCGAAUACAUCCAGAUGGAAAGGUGUUGUACAGCAGCCGAAUUAGUAUCACGAGCUCGUGCCACAUGCAGCUUCAACUCUAUCCAUUGGAUUUGCAGUUCUGUGAUUUUGACCUAGUCAGCUAUGCUCACACAAUGAAGGAUAUUGUCUACCAGUGGGAUCCCACGGCACCAGUGCAGCUCAAACCGGGCGUCGGAAGUGACCUGCCUAACUUUCAGCUAACCAAUAUCACUACAAAUGACGACUGCACUAGUCACACCAAUACUGGAUCGUACGCCUGUCUCAGAAUGCAGCUUACCCUUAAAAGACAAUUCAGUUAUUAUCUAGUCCAGUUAUACGGUCCUACAACGAUGAUAGUAAUUGUUUCAUGGGUAUCGUUUUGGAUCGAUAUGCAUUCUACGGCUGGUCGUGUAGCCUUAGGCGUCACCACGCUGUUAACCAUGACAACAAUGCAAGCUGCCAUCAAUGCUAAACUGCCUCCAGUGAGUUACGUGAAAGUAGUAGAUGUGUGGCUUGGAGCGUGCCAAACGUUCGUCUUUGGUGCUUUACUUGAGUACGCAUUCGUCUCCUACCAAGAUAGUCAGCGGCAAACAGACCAGGCUAAAAGCCAAGCGACAAGAAAAGCUCAGAAACGACGAGCUCAAAUGGAACUCAGCGAGCGAGACCACUACCAACCGCCUUGCACGUGCCAUCUAUACCAGGAUUAUGAGCCGACACUCCGUGACCGACUGCGACGAUACUUCACGAAACCCGACUACCUUCCAGCAAAAAUCGACUACUACGCUCGAUUUUGUGUUCCCCUCGGAUUUCUGGCUUUCAAUGCCAUCUACUGGACCUCAUGUUUAGUAAUGGUUUCACGUCUAAUCUGA